GUGAUCUGAAUAUUUUCCAUCCGUCAAAAAAUAAAAGAGAUGGCUGGAACAAGCAAGACGGAUCAAAAGGCGGCUUUAGACAUUGCAUCAUGGCUCUUCAAUGUCGUUACAUCCGUUGGAAUCAUCCUCGUUAACAAAGCCUUGAUGGCUACUUACGGCUUUAGUUUCGCUACGACGUUAACCGGUUUGCAUUUCGGAACGACCACAUUGUUGACUACUUUCUUGACGUGGCUUGGUUACAUCCAACCUUCUCAGCUUCCCUGGCCCGAUCUCUUGAAGUUCGUUUUGUUCGCUAACUUCUCUAUCGUUGGCAUGAACGUCAGCCUCAUGUGGAACUCUGUUGGUUUCUACCAGAUUGCUAAGCUGAGUAUGAUCCCUGUUUCUUGUCUUCUAGAAGUUGUUCUUGACAAGGUCAGGUAUUCCAGAGAUACAAAGCUCAGCAUUUUGUUAGUUCUUGCUGGUGUUGCCGUCUGUACUGUCACCGAUGUCAGUGUCAAUCUCAACGGCUUCCUCGCUGCUGCUAUUGCUGUCUGGAGCACCGCCCUUCAGCAAUACUAUGUACAUUAUCUACAACGGAAAUAUUCGCUCGGUUCUUUCAAUUUGCUGGCACAUACGGCUCCAGUACAAGCUGCAUCCUUGUUGUUGGUUGGACCAUUUCUAGACUUCUGGUUGACUAACCAAAGAGUUGAUGCUUACAACUUUUCAUUUGUAUCUCUGUUCUUCUUAAUACUCUCGUGUAGUAUCGCUGUCGGGACCAAUCUUAGCCAGUUCAUUUGUAUUGGAAGAUUCACGGCCGUGUCUUUCCAAGUACUUGGUCACAUGAAGACAAUACUCGUUUUGGUUUUGGGAUUCACUUUCUUCGGUAAGGAAGGCUUAAACAUGCAAGUGGUACUUGGAAUGCUCAUUGCCAUCCUUGGUAUGAUCUGGUACGGUAAUGCAUCUUCUAAACCUGGCGGUAAAGAGCGUCGUAGCCUCUCUAUUCCCAUAACCAAGGCACAUAAACUCAACAGUUUGUCUGAGACAGCCGAAUCUGAUGAAAAGGUCUAAAAAGAAAGACUUAUUCGGCAUUGACUUAGAAACAAAAACAAGAAACUCAGCUAGAGAGUAUCAAAUGGGAUAUUUACAAACAAGGGGGUUAUAAUUAUUUAAUUUCCAUGAACUAAAUUUUUCUUUUCCUUACAGUUUUUUUUUUUUGUUUUCUGCAAUUUUUGUUGUUGUUGUUUACUCCUUUUUUGGCCUUUGCAUUUUGCAUCUUUUUGCCUAAUUCUCCCAAAAGAAACAUCAUCCCAUACGACUGGUAAUAAAUUCUUAAUUUUAUUUUUAUCUUAAUUCUUGUCCUCUCCUGCACAAUACCCACUUUUGUAGAUUUUUCCUUUGUAGUGUGAAUAUCUAUUUUUAGGUCAAUGAGUUUUCU